AUGACUCUUAGAGCUUUCACCGAAAUAGCUUCUGCGGAUGAAAAGCCACAAAAUAUGUGUGGCUGGAUGUUUGAAUUGCUUCGAAGUGACCCGAUCGCUCUAGGAGCCGAUUUCCGAGUCCUUUUUCGCCGCUUCGGUGAGGCGUUUGGUAGCACGGGAGCAAGAUGUGCCAGAUCAGGGAGUGAUGCAUGCGAUGGACGUGAUUGGCAUGAUUGUCUAAGAUUUGAUAGGGUUGAGGGGGUCGAUCAGACAAUGCAUGACUUCCACAGCCCCCACGAUCCAACAAUUGAGGCUAAGGUCAAGUGGGAUGAAGAGUCCUAUCUCAAAGUAAGUGGCGCAAGGGCCGUCUCAGUCUCAGAAAGUCAAGGAGACAUUUUAAGGUAUUGUGUCGCUUCUAACAAGACGAUCGCAUUUUCUCAUGUGUGGAGCCAUGGCCAAGGUAGCCGUCCGCACCUAGGGAUUAACCGAUGCCUCCAUGAUCGGUACAUUGGGCUAGCAUGUAAGCUAGGAUGCGAUAGCUAUUGGAUUGAUGCGGCUUGCAUUCCCGAAGACGAUACUUUGAGAUCGGAAGCUAUACUGCAUAUCAACGAUGUGUUCUAUCGCAGCCAGCAAGUGAUUGUCUGCGAUAGGGACCUGAUGACACUAGAUGCUUGUCCCCUCACAGUACGCCGUGCAGAAGUUUUAUUAGCCGGAGUAAUACUCUCGGACUGGAACCUCAGAGCAUGGACAAUGCUAGAGGCAUUGAAAGGUCGGAAUCACGUCUCAAUUCUAUGCCGCGAUGACCAAGUCGUCAUGUUUCAGGAUGUUCUUGAGCGUGUUUGUAGAGACGGGCGGAUCGACCUCGCGGCGUUCAGCUUGUUUCUACCUCAUAUGGUUCGGAAUUACGAUUUUGAUGACGAGCGAUCCAGGAGAAUUCGUGAUUAUGGUUUUAAUGUCGAUCUAGAGCAAAUUGGCUCUUGGCUAAGUCAUCGCCCAGCAAGCAGGGAGAGGGAUUAUGCUACGAUAUGGAACUUAUGCUUAGCCCAGCAAAAGGAAGGAGUCAAGACAAUAGAAGACUUUUGGAAACAAGAGCGGGGGAUUAACAUCCUCACAGGUUUCUUGCUCUCUCCCGCACCGAGGCUUUCUGCACCUGGUCUUAGUUGGGCUCCAAAGACACCAUUCGCAUUGCCUGAUCGGGCAACAAGUCCAGGGGAGUUCCAUAUGCCGAUUACAGGUGAAGCUACACAGUUGGCUUCUGUAUGCAUCAAUGGCUUAUGGGGGCCAUGGUGGAUCCACGUGAUGGACCUCGAUUUCCUAUCGACGACGAAAGGUAGAAUGUCGAAAACCGGUCGGGAACUUCGUAGGGUUCGUAAGACGUUCAAAUCUCUAAGGAAGCACGUUGCUCUACUACGACCAGUACUGAACCAGGUAUAUAAUUCUUGGGAUCCAGAAGAAAUUCCUAGUUCAGCGAAAUCGGGCGUUCUACUCGCCGUCUGUGAUUCAGACAAGACGGAGAAGGGCCGACAGCCUGGGGCUGACCCAGUAGUUUAUAUGCAUGAUGUUGAGUCGUAUAAAUGGAUUUGGAGAGGUGUGUAUCAAUGGCCUGCGGGUGUUGAACUCCCAAAGUUCGUGCAGUUUCAUAGUUUGUGGCUCGGUUGA